UAUCUGUGCUUGAAGCCACACCCAUAAAUUCAAAAUGGCGUAUCAGAGUGCAAUUCAAUUUUGGAAAACAUUUGAUCUUCAUUCUUUACAAAAACAGUUAGAUGAGGAGGCUACGGAGGUGGCUAGGCGACAGGAUGAGUCUGACCUGUCAGUUAGGAAACUAGUUGAACUGAGCAAAGAAUUCAAAAAGAACUCGAAUGAAGAGGUGCGUAAGGCAAUGUCUCCAAUAUUGAGAGCAUUUCAAAGUGAGAUUGACUCAUUGACAAGACGUGCCAGCACUGCAGAAACUCACUUUCUUAAUGCGUACAAGAAAUUUAUUGAAAUACCUGAUCCUAGUCCUUUACUUGAGUCGGCUGUGGGACAGCAUCAGAAACUGAUGAACAUGCAGGACCUUGCUGUGGAGAACUCAAAGUUGCGGGAAACCCUCGACGAAUAUACUAAAGAAUUUGCACAAGUCAAGAACCAAGCUACAACUAUUAAUAAACUGAAGAAUCAAAUUAAGGAGCUUGAAAAUUCAAUUGAAGAGAAAGCAAAAUCGAAAGCUAAGGAGCAGACAGCUCAAUUAAUGGAAACUUUUGAAGAGAAAGAAAGAGAGUUUGCUGAAGUAUUGUCAGCUGCUAAUAGUUCAACGAAAGAGUCCGUUAAUAAAUGUACUGUGCUGCAGGCAGCACUUGAGUCUACACAAGCAGAACUGUUUGAACUUAAGAAUAAACUGGACGAGAAUUCAUCAGCAAAACUGGCUGAGAUGGAUAUACUAGUAACUGAUUUGGACAGAGCCAAUCAAAGGGCCCAACUAGCAGAGAAGGAAUUGGAGAGACUUCAGACAUUAACACAGCAAAAGGACACUCAACUUAAAUCUUCAGUGGAUACUUCUGAGUUGGAGCUUGAGCUGAAGGUGAAGGACAAAGAACUGACAUCAGUUCGGGAAGAUGUGGAGAGACUUCAAAAAAAUCUGCUGACACUGCGAGAUAAAUCGACCAAUCAGAUUGAGCUGCUUGAGAAGGAACUGAGAGAUAAAGGGAUACGACUUUCUGAGGCUGAGAGACUGCUGAGUCAGCAAGAAGACUAUGAAGAAAUCAAAAAGGAAUUAAAUAUUAUGAGAAGUGUGGAGUUUUCGCAUUCGUCUCAAGAAGCCACACCUACUAGCUCAGUCAAACCUCUUGAAGUUUUGUUGUUGGAAAAGAACAGAGGUCUUAUGAAUGAGAACACUCGGCUAAAGACAGAGCUCUCAGAGUUGAGAAUUCAUUUCUCCUCGUUACAAAGACAGCAUAAUGAGACACUCCAGUCUGUACAGGACCAGCAGCUACUUAUUAACCAGCUGGAGACUGACCUUGCUCAAAUACAACCAUACCUUCCUCCAAGACCUGAAGCUGAGGGUCAAGCCAGUUCAAGUGAGUUCAUCGCUGAAGCAGUCAAAGACAUUCAUCCCGAGAGAAACGAUGAAGGUUCUUUGCUAGCGAUUGUCACUAGUCAAAGAGAGAGACUUAAGCAGCGGAACAUGGAACUAGAAGCAGAGUGCCAGGAACACAAGCAAUCUGCUGUUGUUCUUCAAAGAGAAGUUGACACCCUCAGGGGGGAUAACGUUAAAUUGUAUGAGAAGGUACGGUUCCUUCAGACCUACUCAACCACGACCAAACCCACCGGAGAUGACCUAACUAGUCGUUAUUCGUCUCAGUAUGAAGCCAGACUGGAUCCUUUUGCUGCCUUCAGUUCAAAAGAAAGACAAAGAAAAUACAUGCAACUGAGUGGACCUGAUAAAGCAACUCUAAUUUUAGGAAGGUUCAUACUGUCAAACAAAGUUGCAAGGAUGAUAACUUUCUUCUACAUAAUAAUAAUACACCUCAUAAUAAUGCUGGUGCUGGCUAAGUUGGUAAACACAGCAAGCGACUCCACCAUUGAUCUUUACACUGAAUGUGCCAAGAAGUUCUCUCAGCACAUGUCUGUGUUUCAUGAUGUUCAACCAGGCGAUCAUCAUCUACCAGUGGCAGGUGAAGGAGGUUGAAACAUUAACUAAACACAAACUGUUCAUCUCUCUCUCUCUCUCUCUUUUCAUUUCCAUUAUUAUUAUUAUUAUCAUCAUAAAGUAAUAUUAUUUGAAUUACAAAAGAAGCCCCUCCCCUUUUAUCAAACGGUA